ACCUGUGCAUCUCUUAUUCCGGCGACAAUGGAGAGUUUUUUGAAGGAUUUUGAAUUGGAGCCCAAGAAUCCAUCCACCGAAGCCAUGAGGAGAUGGAGAUCCGCCGUCAGGUUGGUCAAGAAUCCUCGCAGAAGGUUCCGCAUGGUCGCCGAUCUUGACAAACGUUCUGAAGCCGAGAGGAUGAAGCAGAAAAUCCAGGAAACGAUUCGGAUUGCUCUUUAUGUUCAAAAGGCGGCAUUGCAGUUUAUUGAUGCUGGAGGUCGCGUUGAUUACAGUCUAUCAGAUGAGGCAAGAGAAGCUGGUUUUGGUAUUAAUCCAGAUGACAUUGCCUCCAUUGUUCGUAGCCAUGAUUACAAGAAAUUGAGAAUGAUUGGAGGAGUUGAAGGGGUCGCAUCAAGAUUAUCUGUCUCCUCCAUGGAUAAAGGUGUCAGUAAAAACAGUAUAAAUACCAGGCAACAGAUUUAUGGGUUCAACCGUUAUACAGAGAAACCUACUAGAACCUUCCUGAUGUUUGUGUGGGAAGCAUUGCAUGACUUAACGCUAAUCAUUCUUAUGGUUUGUGCUUUAGUAUCUAUAGGUGUAGGGAUUGCCACUGAAGGGUGGCCGAAGGGUGUGUAUGAUGGUCUGGGAAUCAUACUUAGUGUGUUCUUAGUCGUCAUUGUUACUGCUGUCAGCGACUACAAGCAAUCGCUGCAGUUCAGGGAUUUGGACAGGGAGAAGAAAAAGAUAUUUGUUCAGGUCACCAGGGAUGGGAAAAGGGAGAAGAUAUCAAUCUAUGAUCUGGUAGUAGGAGAUAUUGUCCAUUUGUCAACUGGGGAUCAAGUUCCAGCUGAUGGGAUUUUCAUAUGGGGAUACAACUUGCUGAUCGAUGAGUCGAGUUUGUCAGGUGAGAGCGAACCAGUAAACGUAAAUGAAGAAAAACCUUUCCUUCUUUCAGGAACAAAAGUGCAAGAUGGUCAAGGGAAGAUGUUAGUGACAACUGUUGGUAUGAGGACGGAAUGGGGAAAGUUGAUGGAAACCUUAAACGAGGGUGGAGAGGAUGAGACCCCAUUGCAAGUGAAACUGAAUGGAGUUGCUACGAUUAUUGGUAAGAUUGGUCUGGCUUUUGCUGUAGUAACAUUUCUGGUGUUGAUAAUAAGGUUUUUGGUGGAAAAAGCACAGCACGGUGAGUUUACUAAUUGGUCUUCGAAUGAUGCAAUGAAGAUGCUGGACUACUUUGCUAUUGCUGUCACCAUAAUAGUUGUUGCAGUCCCUGAAGGAUUACCGUUGGCUGUAACACUCAGCCUUGCUUUUGCAAUGAAAAAAUUAAUGAAUGACAGGGCACUUGUGAGGCAUCUUGCAGCCUGUGAGACAAUGGGUUCAUCCAGUUGCAUUUGCACAGACAAGACAGGGACGCUGACUACUAAUCAUAUGGUGGUUGAUAAGAUAUGGACAUGUGAAAAAUCCAUGGAAAUGAAAGGUAAAGGGAGCGGAGACAAAUUGAAAACGGAAAUAUCUGAAGAAGCUCUGAGCAUCCUUUGCCAAGCUAUAUUUCUAAAUACUUCUGCUGAAGUAGUUAAAGAUAAGGAUGGAAAGAACACGAUAUUGGGAACACCAACAGAAUCUGCUUUAGUGGAAUUUGGGUUGCUUUUGGAAGGUGAUAUUGAUGCUCAGCGCAAUGAGUACAAGAUUGUUAAGAUUGAACCGUUCAAUUCAGUCCGGAAGAAGAUGUCUGUCCUUGUGCGUCUUCCUGAUGGACGGGUACGAGCUUUCUGUAAAGGUGCAUCAGAAAUAAUUUUAAGAACAUGUGACAAAAUUAUUGAUUAUAAUGGAAAUACAGUUGAUCUUCCUGAAGAUCGUGCAAAGAAUGUCUCUGAUGUGAUAAAUGGUUUUGCAUCUGAAGCUUUAAGAACUCUUUGUUUGGCUGUCAAAGAUAUAAAUGAUAACCAAGGAGAGGCUAGUAUCCCUGAUAAUGGCUAUACACUGAUAGCCGUUGUAGGAAUCAAGGAUCCCGUGCGCCCUGGGGUUAAAGAAGCUGUCCAAACUUGUUUAGCAGCUGGAAUAACAGUUCGUAUGGUCACUGGUGACAAUAUACAUACAGCUAGGGCUAUAGCUAAAGAAUGUGGUAUACUGACAGAAGGCGGUGUUGCCAUUGAAGGACCAGAAUUUCGAAACCUGACUCCUGAGCGAAUGAGGGAGAUCGUACCAAAUAUUCAGGUAAUGGCACGAUCCUUACCGCUUGACAAACAUACCUUAGUUACAAAUUUGCGGAAUAUGUUUGGUGAGGUUGUUGCUGUUACAGGCGACGGAACCAAUGAUGCUCCUGCACUACAUGAGUCGGACAUUGGACUUGCCAUGGGCAUUGCUGGGACUGAGGUUGCUAAAGAAAAUGCUGAUGUCAUUAUAAUGGAUGAUAACUUCUCAACUAUUGUCAACGUGGCCAGAUGGGGACGAGCAGUAUACAUAAAUAUUCAGAAAUUUGUUCAAUUUCAGUUAACAGUCAACGUCGUCGCUCUUGUGAUCAACUUCGUUUCUGCAUGCUUCACUGGAUCUGCUCCUCUAACAGCCGUACAAUUGCUCUGGGUCAACUUGAUUAUGGACACUCUGGGGGCAUUGGCCCUGGCCACAGAACCUCCUAAUGAUGGACUCAUGAAAAGGCCUCCUGUCGGUAGAGGAGCAAGCUUUAUUACCAAAGCCAUGUGGAGAAAUAUCAUCGGUCAAAGUAUAUAUCAACUAAUUGUCCUUGGCAUUCUUAAUUUUGAUGGGAAGAACCUUCUGAGACUCAAUGGCGCGGAUGCAACUAGUGUCCUAAACACGUUAAUAUUCAACUCCUUUGUCUUUUGCCAGCUUUUCAAUGAGGUCAACAGCCGAGACAUAGAAAAGAUAAACAUAUUGAGAGGCAUGUUUGACAGUUGGAUAUUUUUAGCUGUGAUAUUUUCCACAGCGGCAUUUCAAGUGGUCAUUGUUGAGUUCUUGGGAACAUUUGCCAGCACUGUGCCUCUGAACUGGCAACUAUGGGUACUGAGUGUGUUAAUUGGAGCAGUAAGCUUGCCCAUGGGGGCUAUCCUGAAGUGCAUUCCUGUUGAAAAAGAUGCUCCAAAACAACACGAUGGCUACGACGCAUUGCCUUCUGGUCCUGACAUGGCUUGAACCCAUCAAUGGCGUAUUCCGUUCCCU